UGGGGACGUGGCUUAGGGACUUGCUCUUCCAAGACCAGCAAAGGUGCAUGGCUCCUCCCUUGCUUGUUCUAGGCACCUCCCAGGCAGCAUCGGAAACAACGGCUACAGGAAUCACUACCACCACAGGCACCACUGUGACUGCCAGCAGAGCCUCUGGAACCACGGAAGUGUCUAUACCAGGCACCUCCAAGGAAGUGUUGGUAACAGCCACUGCUCCUGGAGUUGCAUCUGUAGCCAGUGCCACUCCCACCAGCAUUGGCAAGACCGCUGGACCUGGAGUGCAGACAGGCACCUCCCGGCAAGCUUUGGAAACAACCACGACCACAGCCAUCACUACUAGAGGUACCACCUCCAGUGGCAUCCAAGAGACCUCUGGACCUGGAGUGCGGACAGGCGCCUCUGUGGUAUCCACGGGCAUCACGGCCACCUCAGGACGUCCCCAAGCAGGAACCUCCAAGGAAGCAACGGAAACGAGCAGCACGCCUGGAAUUCCCACCUCGGGGUGCCCACCAUCACCUCCUCCAGCUCCAGUCUGUCGCGGCCCACUAGGAGAAGAGAAGUCGCCUGGAGAUGUAUGGAUCUCCAACUGCCACAAAUGUACCUGCACUGACGCCAGCGCCGUGGACUGCCAGCCUCAGGAAUGCCCUUCCGCACCCACGUGCCAGAGCGGGGAGAAGCUUGUUCAGUUCCAGUCCAAUGACACCUGUUGUACUAUCGGAUACUGUGAACCAAGAACAUGCUUAUUUAACAAUACUGACUAUAAGAUUGGAGCUUCCUUUGCGGACCCCAGCAACCCGUGCGUGUCCUACGCGUGCAGCCUCACUGGCUUCGUCGCAGUGGUGCAGGACUGCCCGAGGCAGAGCUGGUGUGCAGAGGAAGACAGAAUCUAUGAUUCGAACAACUGUUGCUAUAAAUGUAAAAGUAGUUGCGUGACUUCCCUCGUGAACGUGACCGUUCGCUACAACGGCUGCAAGAGUAAAGUUCAGAUGGCGAGAUGUGUAGGGGAGUGCAAGAAGACCGUCAGAUACAAUUACGACAUCUUCCAGUUGGAGAGCUCAUGCCUUUGUUGCAGAGAGGACGACUACGAGUUCCGAGACAUCGCUCUCACGUGCCCCGACGGCAGCACCAUCUCUUACACCUACCGGCACGUCACCACCUGCUCGUGCUUAGACAGCUGCCAACAAGCUACCACACCCGCGCCCAGCUAGCUCCUUCGCCACCUUACCCGUGGGAGCCGGCUCGGUAUUUUAUAAGCAAAGAAGCUUAUCGCUGGACAGUGAGAAUAACUAAACAUUUGUAUCUUACUCAGAACCGGAGUUCUCAUUAUUAAUGAGUCAUUUUGUCCUCUUGUUGACAGAAUCUGUAAAAUAAAGACAACUUUGCAGUGACUGGGCCUGUGGGUGAAUUUUAUGAGCCAAGGAGAAACUGAGUCACGUGACCUACCAGUACUCCCUUGUCCACACCGUUUACCACUUCUGUCCAGAGUGCACUUGGGGUUCUCUGCCCACUUCUGCAUGCAGCUGCCUCCGAGCCCGAAGACGCUACUGGCACCGUCCUGACCGCUGUCUUCAGGCUCCGACGUCAUUUCAUUCUUCCUUUCCGUAAAGGCUCUUCUUGCUCUUUGUACACCAGAAGUUUGGAUGCCUACUUUCACAGACACUUCUCAGAACCCUUGAAAUUUUACUUUUCCAAUGUCACCCUCUCUCAUUCCACUUGUGUUCCUGCUGAUUUCAUCAACACAAGUAGAUGUGCUUGCUCUCUGCGGAUGGCCAGUCCACGUCUCCAGUUUCUCUGAAUUCAACAGAUGUUCCUGGAUGUCCCAUAGGUGCAGCAAUUCAACAAGACCAAACCAAAAUUAAAUUUCAUUCUCCCCAGCUCACUCCUCUGCUUGUAGUCAGUGAAGAGAAGAGGUGAGAUUGACUAACACUGUAAUGCUCAUCUUCAGUAUAUUUGACCAUUUUACCGCCUCGCAUUCAUAUACUUCUUCAUGUAUAGACAUCCAUGGGCAUACCAAAGAUAUUAUGGAAACAUUCAAUGAUUAAUUGAAAUUGGUUUAUCAUAAUACACUUUCCUUGAACUUUUUGAUGAUGCCUUGUGUGCAUAUAAAUAUACAUACACACAUACAAUACA